UGCUCACUGAUAUUUUUGGAAUGAAGAAAUGGCAGAGACCUCAAUAGCAAUUAAGUGGUACAAACAGUCUUUCUCAAAUUAACGGCAUCUUUGCUGUGCAAAGAUGGAAAGGAACAUUGAAUUGUAUUAAUGAUUGUUCUACUACUAGGUGAGAAUUCUGAAUUCUCUGGCUUAGAAAGGAUCUUAGAAAGACAUCGAUUUCCCAAAGAGAUUAAUCUGACCCCCAAACCAAGCACUGUGCCCCUGCGGAGAAGAAAAGUCAACAACAAUGCAAAUCAGGGGUGGAAGAAAUGCCAUGUGUGGAAUAAAAACACAAAGGAGCCUCCAGUGUCAACCAUAGUUGUCAGUAAUACUGCUCCCUCUGUUUGCUCCCCCUGCCAGACGGCUGAAAAAGAACAUGCGACCCACUGA